UAACGUUGAAUAUUUUCCUUUGUUUGUUUGUAUUUCUGUUUUUCUUUCCUAAACACCUUUGGCAAAAAUGCUUCAUAUACAAUUAAGAGCAUUUUAAAACAGGCUAUAUAACCUGAUAGUUAUUUGAGGUUAGAAAUGAGCAGUCUGUUAUUGCAAGCAAUUGCAUGUCUGUGGUAAGAUGAGAGCACGGCACAGUAUUGCUACACAUCCUGAAUUGGAAUAAAUAAAUAAUUUAAGGCACAAUGAUUUUCAUUUAUCCCCCACCCUAUUCCAAAAAUAACACAAUCUUAAGAGACAAUUCUUUAUUAAUAGGCUCAUAAAAAUGCCAACACAAAUCAAAAUAUGUCAUGAAAGCACACCUGGAAAUCAGUAAUUUCUUGAAUGAGCUGUGAGCACUUUCCUUUUUUUUCUUAGCUAAUGUUUAAAAGAAAUGGGCGGAGCGUGCAGAAGUUCUAGCCAGAUUACUACAGCGUCGUGGGACACACAGAUUCACUCCAUAACGCGUGGGUGAGUGUUUAUCACGGGGCCUGACGCUCGAGAAUGCUAUACGCUGCAGAGACUGAACACCGGGUCGGCUCUAAAAGAAAACCUCUCCUCAAAUACGUGUCGCUGAACUGGACCAUAAAAUAACGGGGACUCUUGUUGCCAUCGGCAAAGGUCAUAUAGACCACGUUUCAUCUUUGAAGGGAUCAUCAUGAGGGUGACGUUUACAACCAGCUGGAUUUUUCAAGGCUGGAUCAAGAACAUUAUAGUGAUUCUCUGCAUACAAGUUGUCUACUCCAAACCCUGUAAGCCAAACCAGGUCCUGAGAGACAGGAAGUGCUGCAGCAAAUGUGAACCAGGGACGUACGUGUUUGCUCACUGCACCAGCAGCUCAGACACAAUAUGUCGGCCUUGUGGGAAGAACGAGUACCAGCCGGACUGGAACAAUGACACCAAGUGUAAUCCCCAGAGGUUCUGCGAUACUGUCAAAGGGUUCAGUCAGGACCGUCCACAGAACCCAAAGGCAGCGGUGCCGUGUCCCUGCAUGAAAGGCUUCCAGUGCUCACCCACCAACUGUGAGUUCUGCGAACCCAUCCCUCCUUGUCUACCUGGACAGGGAUUCACUAUGGAUGAAUCAGGGCAAGGUUCCUGUAAGGCAUGUCCUGAGGGGUUCUUCUCUGACAACCACUCCACUGAUCCCUGCAAGCCGUGGGUGAGUUGUAAAGACUCUGGGAAGACCGAAGUGAAGCCUGGGAACUCCAAAAGCAAUGCUGCGUGUGGACCAACAGCACUCGUGUCCUCCACGUCAUGGGUUGUGGUGGCUGUUUUGUCUGUCAUCAUGGUUGUGUCACUGGUCAUCCUCACGCUAUUUUGCUACAAGGAUAAGAUGAAACUACUCUCCGUGAAUGUAAGAUCUUGUGUUCAAAACCUGAAAAGGAGCAGGAUACAACAGGAGACUCUGGCACCUCCCUACAACGGCCCUCAACACUGCACCUAUGAGAUCACCCGCCUGCUUCGCCCUGACGAGUCUCUCACCCUGUGCCCCAGCACCAUCCUGGCCAUGGAGGGAGGUGUGGAGGACGCCUCGGCCACAUCCGACUCCCUGAGCCCAGCAGCGGUGGAGGGCUCAUCUGGCACCCUGAGCGAGGACGGUGCAGAGGUGGAGGGCGCCACGUUGCCACUGUCGGGCAGCUCCAGCUCCAGCUCCAGCUCCAGCUCCAGCUCCUGCAGCUGCAUGAUCUCCAUGAAGGAGCCGGUGGAACUAGGCGAGAACGAGGACUGCAGUCAGGUGGUGGCCGCCAGCAUGGCGGGCGUCUGCUCCUGUGGGAGCGGAGAGCGAGAGGACCGUGACGGGGAAAGGGAGAGGGAGAGGGAUGGCGGGUCAGGCAGAGACAAAGUGGUGGAGAGUGCAGCAGGAGUAGGAGGAGGAGGUUUAGUUGGAGGAAGAGAAGGAGGAGGCCCAGAGGAGUCCCCCCUCUGUCAGAACUGCUGCCCUGAGGAGGGCCUGCUGGGCUGCGCGGACUGCACCGAGCUCCGGGCCUCCCAGGACCUCUACUUGGACUACAGCAGCCUGCCGGAGAAGGAGCCCAUGUCCGAGGCCAGGUGCUCAGGAGACUCCAGCCACGCGGGCCCCCAGGGCACCAUGGGACCUCUGGACCGGCUCAACGAGCCCCGCUGCUGUAGCAUCGAGUCCACCACGGCGCCGGCUCUGUCAUCGGUCAGCGCCAACGACCAGGGCAUUUCCCUCAGCUGCAGCGCCGAGCUUAAGCUAUCCGACCCGGACGUGGACGCCGAGUACCAGGCCCACUGCUCGGAAACCGCUCUGACCUCAGGUCAGGUGACUGGGAACAACAACACCACCUUCAUCUCCAGCGGGCAGGUGAUGAACUUCAGCGGCGAGGUCAUCGUCGUCUACGUCAGCCAGACUUCUCAGGGUGGCGGCGGGGCCGAGACGAGCGAGCCGUUCAGCUGCCCGGUCCAGGAGGAGUCCAACGACGGGUCCAACAUCCGGAGUGCCCCCAAGACGCCGCCGGCCACCGGCGCACCAGGUGUACUGCAGGACAGCAACGUACCUGUGCAGGAGAUGGCUCGCAGGUGGCCAAAGGCAGUCAAAUGAACAAAGAGGUGGAGGCUUGGACGUUCUGGCCACCAGGUCCAGGAUCAGAGCUGAUCUCCUUUCCUGCUCUAAGGACCUCCUUCACGAACUGUUGAAGCGCUGUUGAAGUGCUUUUGUUGUGUAUAAGAUAAAAUGCUAUGCAUUUGUUGAACGUGUAUUGUACAUAGCUUUUGAUUCCUACACAUCAGCAUCAGUGUUGCUUUAUGUUGCAGAUGCAGAUGUUGGUUAUUAUUUCUUGGUUGUAAAACUAGUUGCUUCUUCAAACAUCUCGUUGACAGCUUUGUCAGAUGAUGCAUGACUCAGACAACACUGAAAGCACACACACACACACACACACACACAGAAACGAAGAGUUGCCCCCUUUAAGAAUGAAAGUACAGUCGCCAGAACAAAAGCACAUUGUCUCCCUGCUUCGCCCUGUAGGCUCUCCAGACUCUUUGUCUUGCCUUGGUCUUGGUCAGGCCUUUCAGAACGAAAAGAGGAACAAGCACACACACACACACACACACACACCAUCCCGUGGAGGAUCCUGGUAGUUUGAAGUGUGUUAAUGUAACAGUAUGACUGAAGUAUGCAGAUUUUUUUUUUUUUUUUUUUACUGUACUUUUUGAAGUAAGUUGGUAGCAGUUAAUAUGUGCAUCACAUCCUUCAAUCAGCCCAGUGCCUUGUUAAGCUGUUUUAUGACUCUUUGACUUGUUCUCUCAUUUUAAAUGGUGGCGUUGCAGCUACUGACCGAAGGGAAUUUGGUAACACAAAUUAAUUAUGUGAGUGUUCGUCAGGCUUUAUGUUGUGAAUGCUCUAGUUUGAGCAUUUAUAACUUACUGAAUGAUCAGAAUUACAAUCAUGGAAGUCUUCCAUCACAAGAGUAUAAGGCCUUCAGCAUAAAUUCACUUAAUGCUUUACCAUACAUGUCUUACCAAGUGAUAACUUCACAGACACCAAUGCCUUUUUAUAAACUGGAGAAAUAUGUAUUGAAAUGCAUUAUGAAACUUUUGACCAUAAAGAUUCAUUCUCCAACAUUUAAUGAGUUUUGCUGGAAAUUGUGAACAUUCAUGUUCAUGAAUGAAGGUUUAUGUCUUGCAUAAUAAGGCAUUGUGAAUGUGUUAUAAAUUCAACGCAUUAUGGAUAGAUUUUUGGAAGUGAAGCAUUACCAUGACUUUUUUAUAAGAGCAUAUUUGUUUGUACAUUUAUUCAUGUUAACGAAUUCAAAUAAAACUAU